AUGGCAGCCGCAACGGAGAAGGGUGGGAGGAGGAAGAGCCUGGCGUCGAGGACGCUGGAGCGGUGCAGGUCAGGGCUCACGAGCGCCGCCGGGAAGCCGUCCACGGUGGCGGGGUGCUUCUCGGUGUACGUGGGGCCGGAGCGGGAGCGGUUCGUGGUGCGCGCCGACCGUGCCAACCACCCGCUCUUCCGGCGCCUCCUCGACGACGCCGAGCGCGAGUAUGGCUACGCGGCGCAGGGUCCCCUCGCGCUGCCCUGCGCCGUCGACGCCUUCCUCGACGUCCUCUGGCACAUGGACAACGACCGCGAUGGCGGAGAUAGCGUGGUUGCGCGGACGUCUCCGAUCUGCGGCCUCCAGCGCGGCGGCGGCGGAGGCAACAAGGGCCGGGCGGCGGGGCAUCGGGUGCUCAGCACGGCCAAGUCGUCGCCGGCCUCCUUCUUCCUCUCGUCCACGGCUUCUCUGGCGACGACGACGGAUGGCAAGAGGAGGUGAUCGAGCGAGCUGCUAGUAUCUGCGCGUGGUGCGUCGACCAGUACGUAAUCUUCAUGUACUUAGUCUCUCUCACGCAUAGAGCUUAGCUGAUUUAGGUUGAUCGGAGUCAAGAGAGGAACAAGAUCUCUCUAUGCAUCAACGCAUGCAUGCAAGCGU